AUGGACGGGUCUCAGGGGCAAGUUGGACAGCCUAUGGCAGCGCCACAGCAACCGCAACACUCGAACCUCAUUCGAACCGAUCAAGUGCAAAAGCUGCCACACCUUAACGACUCGCAGAAAGCCCAGCACACUGGGCUGGUGCGCAGCCUGUGGGACUUGCUUAACACGCGCGAUCCAAAUGGCCACGAAUAUCAGCAGGCACACACAAAGCUGUCACAGCUGUCGCAGAACUUGAUGAAGGGGAUGCGGUUGUUCCAGGCCAACCGACAGCAGGCUAUGCAGCAGCACCAGCAGGCUCAGGCGGCCGCGCAGCAGGGACAGCAGCCACAGCAGGCAAAUCAGGGGCCACAAGGUGCACAGACGCAACCGGGUCAGCGCACUCAACCCAAUAACCCGCAGUCGCUCAACCAGCUGCUUCCCCAGAUCCAGGCUCAGGUCAGUUCGCUGAACUUCUUCCUGCCGCCGAAUGUCACUCCAGAGCAGGUGCAGACCUGGAUCCCGGAGGCUAGGUUGCGAUAUGGUAUCGCUUUGCAGAAGCAGCAGGUUGGGCGGGCUCGGAUUGCUGAGCUUCGUUCGUCGUAUUCUCAGAGACAGGCGCAGGGAAAUAUGAACCAGGAGGAAAUCCAGGAAUUCAAGAACAGACAGUUGGCAGCUGAAAAGCUGUUCCGGGAGGGUAGUGAGUUCCUAAACAAGUUCAAGGAGCAGCAGGAAAGCUUCAAACUUCAGUCACAGCAAAAUCCUCAGAGUCAGGCCAUGAACCAAGCGGGACAACAAGCAGUAUCGCAACCACCUCAGGCCCAGGCUGCUGCUGGGGGAGCUGCUCCUCCAGCAGCCACUCAAGCUGUUCAAAAUGCCCAAGGAGGCAACGCAGGAAACAAUAUGCAAUCCGGUCAGGCUCCUACCCCAGCACCCCACACAAUCAAUUCCGCCGUGAAUGCGGCACGCAACCAAGCUGGCCAAACCGCGAUGUCCCCCUCGGCGAUGCAGCCAGGACAAACACCAGCACCCCAAUCCGCAGGAAAUACCCCCGUCCCAAUUAGUGCACCACAACCCCAGGCACAGCGUCCACAACCCCCAUCCCAGCAAGGAACUCCAGGAGCACAGGUAACUUUCAGCCAAACCCCCAAUCCGGACGGCUCAACACCAACUCCAACUGUGCCUCCUCAACAGGUGAACCAAGGCCCGCCACGUCCCCUGUCUCACCAAGCUGCGAUCUCACAAGCCGCGCAGACCUACACCAACCCUACCCCCCAACAGCAAAACACGAUGAACCAGCAAGCCCAGGCUCAGGCCAACCAGGCCCAUCCCCAGGGAUACCUCGCCAACCGCUCAACCGAAGCCUCAGCUCGCAACAUCAACAUGGCAAUCCCUAAGAAUCUCAACGUCUCCACUCCCGAACCCGUCUCAAUGCCUGCCUCACGUCCCUCCCUCUCAGGUGGCCCCAGCCACAGUGCCAUCGGUAUGAUGGGCCAGCCAGCAAUCCAAAAGCACCCCGGUUACGUUCUCGAAGGUGAAGGCCAGCGCGUGCUGAGCAAGAAAAUGCUCGAUAUUCUCGUACGCCAAGUCACUGGCGGCGGCGAAGGAGAAAUGCUCACUCCCGACGCAGAAGAGUUCAUCCUCCAAAUGGCGGACGACUUCGUCGACGACGUGAUCACCCAAGCCUGCCGCCUCGCCAAACUCCGCCCCUCCUCAACUCUCGAAUUACGAGAUAUCCAACUCGUCCUGGAACGCAACUACAACAUGCGUAUCUCCGGCUUCUCAACUGAUGACCUCCGCACUGUCAAGAAACCCCAACCUAGCCAGGCCUGGACGCAGAAGAUGUCUGCUAUCCAGGCAGCUAAGGUUACGCAGGGAAGAUCUGAAUAA